CAAAACCGGAAAAGGUGUGGCCAAGUGACGAAAGAGAUGUUUUGCUAAAUGUUAGCCACAGCAGGCUAACUUUGUCUCAUAGUUGGUUUCUAAUUUUGGUCUCUUUUGAAGUUGCCAGAUCCAGCUCGGCUCAGCGGAACACCGCGGAUAAAUGUGAAUUAUAAACACUUUACAGGAAACGGAGACAUGAACGGGAGCACGAAUCCGCUGCUGGACAAAGAGGAGCAUGUUUUGAAGCUCGGAGAAAGCUUUGAGAAGAGGCCAAAAUCUUCCUUUCACACCAUCAGAUAUGACUUCAAACCAGCGUCUAUUGACACGAGCUGUGAGGGAGAGCUACAAGUCGGGAAAGGAGAUGAAGUUACCAUAACGUUACCUCACAUCCCGGGCUCCACGCCUCCCAUGACGGUAUUCAAAGGAAACAAGCGGCCGUACCAGAAGGACUGUGUGCUCAUCAUUAACCAUGACACCGGGGAAUUCGUACUGGAGAAGCUGAGCAGCAGCAUCCAGGUCAAGAAAACCAGGGCAGAGGGCAGCAGUAAGAUCCAGGCCCGAAUUGAACAGCAGUCGGUCCGGUCCAGCCAGCCAAGCUCUCAGUUCCGGGCCCCGACCAAGCCCGGGGCCGGGGUCAAGACAUCUCCCUCCCCUUCUAAGGAUAACCCCUCCCCAGAGCCCCAGCUCGACGACAUCAAAAGAGAGCUGCGGGCAGAGGUGGAGGUGAUAGAACAGAUGAGCAGCAGCGGAAGCAGCAGCUCCUCCGACUCAGCCAGCGCCUCAGGAAGCGGCGACGACAGCAGCAGCAGCGACGGCGAGCACGACGCCCCCCGACCACUGAGUCAGACCUCACCCAACCGCCACCCUAUGGCCAAUGGAGGAGCCGACCGGCAGCAGGGAAACAACCAGCUCAUGAACACACUGAGAAACGACCUUCAGCUCAGUGAGUCAGGCAGCGACAGUGAUGACGACUGAACUCUCCCUGUCCACACUCCUCCUCCCUUCUGCCUGGCUCACUUGUUCCUUUGCUGUGGUAGCUGACUCCAGCUGUAUAUCUUGGUUUGACUGUAUUUUUUUAUUUUAUUUUAGUAUAUCCUUAAAGCUGGCCAGCCUGGAACUUUAAGAGUGUAUUUUUAUUAGAUGUAUAUUUUGUUUUGUAUAGCAAAACUUUAGACAAAGAAACUUUUACUUGAGAAGUUUGGAAGAUUAUAUAUUAGAGUGCACAUACAUAUUUUCUGUACUUAGAGCAGCUAGUUUUAUCUACAUGUUUCAUCUGUUUUUGUUGGGUUUUGUCCUCAUGGUAAGACGAGGAAGAGACGGUCUAGAAAUCUCACCCCUCGGUCUCCCUCCUUGUGUUUUUGUUUAUUAGGGAAGGUUGUGGGAAUCAAAGAAAAACUAAUUCAUUUUAUCAUCUGAUUAUCUAAUACGUGUUGAGAGCUGUUUGCUGGUCAGUUGAGAGAUGAAUCAAGUUAAUGUCAGAUGACAGUCAUGAAAGAAUGAGACAGGUGGUUAUAUUUUCUUACUGUCAACGAAUCCCAUGAAAAGACCAAAACCAACAACGUCUUAUACUAAAAGUUCUUCUCGACUUCUUUGCCUUGACACAGAAUUAAUUGGAGACGUAAAUAUGUAAAAACAGGUGACAGAGAUACAUUUUUUAAAGAUGAAGUACAGUGAGUUCAUAAAACAGCUCAAACAGGAGGAAUUCAGUGCAUUUGUUUGGGACUAUUCAGCAGUGGAUUGAUCCACAUUUGGUUCUCUAGUGAGUCAAAAUAAAUACACUAAGUGUGUGUUCAUGGUGUUGAAGGAAAAUAAACAGUCGAUCUUGUUUUUCUUUAAUCAGGCUGUGGAUACACACAGUUCUUGUCAGUUCAUUGUUGGUUCUAGUCUUUUGCUCGAUUUGUUGACAGUAGGAGAAAUGUCUUGUUCUCUGAACAGUUAAUUCUAAUUAGAGAGGAUUUCACUUAAACCAGCUGUGAGGUUGCUGUUCUGAAGAACUGAUUUCAUUUUCAGGUUUUGUGAGUUCAAAACUGUCAUUUAGUGACAUAAGUGUAAAUGUUCAGCUGAUAUUUAAGGCCUCAGAGUACAAUACAUACAAUUUACAGUUUUAGUUUUGGUUGGUUUUACCACUAGGGGGCAGUAUUCACUCUCCUCCAACUCCUGAGCUGAGAAAAAUAUCUAGAAGCUCCACUUUGUUCACCAGCUAGUCGAUACCUCAGCUCUUGUCAUGUGGUGCUGGACAGACUAAUACAAAAAGCAUGUUCUCAGCUGUGUUUAGAGAGCGAUCUCAUUUUACUUUUGGUCUGAUGGUCAGCUGAAAAGGCUUGAAAGCACCUCAGCCAUCAUGAAUUUCAUCCUCUCUCUCGUGGUGAAUCAAACUGUUUCAAAUGUCCAAAAAAAUCCAGCUGACUCACAGUAUAACCAGUUACAGUAUCAGGAUUACUGAUGAUAUUAAAUCAACCACAGUCACUGAUCAGACCCAAAAUGAAACAGGAUUAAAUCUGGAAAAGGGAAAACAAAUUUCCUCCAGCUUUAGUUUCUUUAUUUUGCAAAAUUAUUCAUUUUUUGGUUUGUUGUUAACAGUCAUGUCAUUUUAUUCAAAACAGAGAGUCUCUUAUUUUUCAUAUAACACUUACUGUAUACCAUAGCACCAUUCCAUGCCUUACAGCAUUUCAGUUUGGAAAUGAAGGUGAAUGUGUUAUUUUCUGAAAAUGCCAAAGAGUUGAUCUGCCCCUCGUCAUGUUCAGAGAGCGGGAACGUCAGCAGUGUAACAGCGUCACCGUCUCAUCGUAUUCAUUCUGCUUUAUCUCAGACUGUUUGUGUUGUUGUUGAUUGUUACUGAAGUCAGUGAUAGUUCCCUUUAUCUGCUGCAGCCACUGCUGAAGAGGUUCAGUACAAAAUACCUGGACUUAACGUCACGAUCAUGAUCAUUUUCAGGAAUUAGUAAAAGGUUUUGGGGAAUAUGAAAUGGGUUAAUUCUAGCUGACAAAGUAGAGUACUUCUCACUGACACUUCUAUUUUAGUUGUGGGAAAAUUUCUGAGGGAACUAUACAGUGCAGCGUCUAAGUUAAUAAGUACAGUAGAUCUAUUGAACUGAGAGGUAAAAGGAGACUUACUUCAGGCAUGACUUUCUUGAAUCCUCUGCACGUCCACGCUGCAGCCCCACAGGUGUUUUCACUUUGUACCUGAUCAACAAAGCUCCACCCUUCUUCAGCCAGAGCAGAGUAAUCAGGUGGACUGAGUGAGAGCACCUGUGUGUGUGUGUGUGUGUGUGUGUGUGUGGGCGGCCUUUAAGACAAAAAAAAAAAAAACUACCCUACAGUUUAAAACAUACAAUACAGAAUUCCUUUUAUUCAAAAAUAACUUAUCGAUCUCCUUCUCGAAUACCUGCAGCAUUCACCAGACAUCUGCUCCUGUAAAAUGUCUGCUGGCAAGAACAUUACUUAGAGAAUGGUAUCAGUAAUAUCAUUUGAUUUUUAAAAUCUAAAUGGUUUGAAAUGAAACUCUUCAGUUAUCAUGAUGAUACGUGUCAAUUUCAGUUUAACAAAUGUUGUCACUUUGCAGCGAUGAUUGUAAGAUAUAAGACGUCUGAGGACAGUCACUAACAAACCGCACAGUACUAUGACCUGUUAAUAUCCUGCUUCUCAGAUUACUAGUUAGUUUAAGUAUUUCUUCUUUUAUAUGAGGAAUUAAACCUCUGCCAGAUGUGAUUAGUCCUUCAGCACACCUGCACUUGAAGUCAGAGUGGACGGUGACUUGUUGAAGGAGUCGAUCACUGAGGCGGUCAGACACUAAAGUCUAAUUUCUCCUGAAAGUUUGUCAAACUCACGUCUGUUGUCUAAUGGACUCGGUUGUAUUUGGUGCUUUAGCGUUCACGUUUCUCUUUCAGUGAUACGUUUAUGUGAAAUAUGUCUGUACAAAUUUGAAGUGUAUUAAAAGUGUGCAAACAUA